AUGGCUGUCCGUGCACAAUUCGAAAGUAGUAAUGACAUCGGUGUUUUUGCUCGCGUAACAAAUGCUUAUUGUCUUGUUGGUAUUGGUGGAUCAGAAAAUUUUUAUUCAACAUUCGAAAGUGAACUUCAUGAUCAUAUUCCCGUUAUACAUUCGUCGAUAGGUGAUUGUCGAAUUGUUGGUCGUUUAACGGUUGGCAAUCGUCAUGGUCUUCUUGUGCCAGCAUCAACCACGGAUUCAGAAUUACAACAUAUUCGUAAUUCAUUACCAGACAAUGUUCGUUUAAGACGUUGUGAAGAACGUUUAUCGGCAUUGGGAAAUGUUAUUGCAUGUAAUGAUUACGUUGCAUUAAUUCAUCCCGAUUUAGAUAAAGAAACUGAACAAAUUUUAACCGAUACACUAAAUGUUGAAUGUUUCCGACAGACGAUAGCUGAUCGUGUUCUUGUUGGUAGUUACUCAGUGUUUACAAAUCAAGGUGGAAUUGUACAUCCGAAAACAUCCGUACAAGAACAAGAAGAACUAUCGUCUUUAUUACAAGUUCCACUUGUAGCUGGAACAGUUAAUCGUGGCAGUGAUGUUAUCGGUGCUGGCCUAUUAGCUAAUGAUUGGAUAGGUUUUUGUGGAUUGGAUACAACAGCUCAUGAAAUCAGUGUGAUCGAAAGUGUAUUCAAAUUGGGACAACACAAUCUGACUGGCGCAACAACAACAGCAACAAAUAAAACAAUAAAAGAUGCACUUGUUGAUGCACUAGCUUAA